GUCACAUACAAAUGUCAGUUGCGAAAAAGUUGAUAUAGUUUUUUUUUUCAUCGAAAUAUAAACAUAAAUAAAUCAGUAAUAACUGUACAUAAUGUUUUAGAUGUAAUUGGAUCUAGUUGUGAACUUUUUAGGUUUAACUAAAAAAAUGAAGAAAACUUUCUUUUUUUGCAUUUACUUAUUUUUAUCUAUCAAUAUCUUGUGUGUUACCGGUGAUGUAUUUAAAGAAGAAAUUUUCAUUAAACCCUUGCCCCCAAUGCACUUAUAUGUUAAUUUUCAAUUCAUCACUCAAAUAAUUGGUGAUGCAUUUGAGCAUUCUCAUUUAGCGCCACGAUCAUUGAGAGAAAUUAUGUCUCAUUAUCAAGUUGAAGAGUUACAUUUAACUUUAACUGAAGGGCAAUGGAGACAUAAACAGUGGGGAUAUCCAGUUCUUGAUGCAGCACCUGGUGCAGAACUGUAUGCAUGGUUUUCACCAAAUGUUUCAAAUGUAGAUGAACAAUGGAAGAAAUUAAGUUCUACAUUAUCUGGUCUUUUUUGUGCUUCACUAAAUUUCAUAGACAACCACAAUACAAUAUCACCACAAAUGGCCUUGUGGCCUCUAGGAGCCAUGUAUACUAAUGUUAAUAGUACAUCAUACUUGAGAUAUGCAUCACUACCCAGAGAAAUAGUAUGCACAGAAAACUUAACUCCUUGGAAAAAAUUACUACCGUGUGAAUCUAGUCAUGGAUUUGCAGCACUUCUAAAUUCAAGGUUAAUUCAUAACACAAAUUAUCAUUCUAUUGGCGUCCAUGUAAGAAAAACAUGCCAGAAUGAAGAUUGUACUGAUCACAACUUGGAAAUAAAACAAACGGUUUCUCUUGUGUAUGACUUUAAAAUAAUAAAUAGUGUAAAUUGGUCCUUCAAGUUACUAUUUGGACAAGGGCUGUUUGGGGCAUGUCCCAUGUCCACAUCAAGCAAAAUCUAUGUUGAUAUAACAUCAAACUCAACAGUACCAUUUAAAUUAACACCAUUACCACAUAAUAUAGCUCGAUCAAGCAGAGGAGGAAGUGAAACUAUAUUUGCAAUAUAUGAUAUAAACCAUGAUACUCCAAUGAUAAACAUUGGUGCAAAAUAUGGUAUAGAUAAUAAAUUUUUAUUGCCAGUAUCACCACCUCUACAUUUUAAUAGAUAUGUGUUGGGAUAUGGAAAGGAGUUUGGUGGGAUAGUAACUGAAAUUACAAACACCUAUUGGGCACCUAUAGAUAUUGUUUUAUUAGAGAAUGCCCCAUGGUGGCUGCCAAUACAAUUAAGCACUCUUCGAGUUAAUGGAGAGGCCGAAAGCAAUUUAGUAAUGAAACAGUAUUAUUCUCCGGGCAGAAGUAGACAGAGGCCAUACCAUUUGGAAUUAUUGAUUAGAUUGCCACCGAAAUCUACCACAACAGUGACCAUAGAUUUUGAAUUUGUAUUCUUAAAAUGGCAAGAAUAUCCACCUGAUGCUAAUCACGGAUUUUAUAUAGGCUCUGCUAUAAUUUCAGCCAAUUUACCAACAGCAAAAAAUUAUACUAGUCUUCCCAUAGAUGGUGUGACUUUUGAUUCUGUCUUUAAUGCUUCAAAACCUUGGUACUCUGCAGUGUUCAGAACCAAUGGAGCAAUGGUCUCAUUACCUACGCCUGAUUUUAGUAUGCCAUAUAAUGUUAUUUGUCUUGCAUGUACUGUUGUUGCAUUAGCAUUUGGCCCUCUUCACAAUAUUUGCACCAAAGAAUUAGUAUUAAAACCAACUGGAUCGCCUCUAUCAUUACGCCAAAAAGUUAUUAACUUUUUUAAGAAAAAGAAGGAUUAGUAUU